GUGACCAGGCUGGUCCCAUCCAUCUACACUGUUGUGUUCCUUGUGGCUCUUCCUCUCAAUAUCAUGGCGAUCGUCAUGUUCCUGGUGAAGAUGAAGGUCAGGAAGCCGGCAGUGGUCUUCAUGCUGAACCUCGCCACUGCAGAUGUCCUCCUCAUUGGUGUCCUGCCUUUUUAUAUCAUCUAUCGAUUCUCGGGAUCUCACUGGCUGUUCGGAGAAGGAAUGUGUCGCUUCUUCAUGGCCGCAUAUUACUGUAACAUGUACUGCUCCUCCCUGCUCAUAACCAGUAUCAGCGUGGACCGUUUCCUGGCUGUGGUCUACCCGGUGCGGUCUCUCCCCUGGCGCACAGUAAAGCGAGCCUGGCUGGUGUGUGGCGUCAUCUGGGUCAUCUCAUUGGCCACCACUGUGCCUCUUCUCAUAAAUGAACAAACCUGGACAUUUUCUGCACGAGAUAUCCCAAUAUGCCAUGAUUAUCAGCACUUUGGGGGUUAUUUCUCAUUUAUAAUUUUUCCCUAUUUCUCCUCGGCUUUCUCACUGUUUAUUUUCUUACCGUUAUUAAUUACAACUUUCUGUUACAUUGGAAUCAUCCGCAGUCUCAGCAGAUCACAAUUUGAUGGCACACAUAAGAGAUCGCGAGCUAUCCGCCUAUCUGUGGUUGUGCUGUGUGUUUUUGUCCUUUGUUUUGGCCCAGCCAAUGUCAUCUAUCUAAUUCACUAUAGGAACAUAAUUAACUAUAAUGAUCUCUCUCUGUAUAUUGCGUACAUGGUCUCUUCCUGUAUCAGCAGCAUAAACUGUUGUCUGGAUCCUCUUAUCUAUUAUUUUGCCUCCUCCCAGUGUCAGAGAUACGUCUGCAGCUUGCUGGGCCGUAAGAAAGAUUAUCGCCCACCAGUAGAACAAAAGAAGAUCCGUGUACACAAAGACCAACAACCAGAGAGGACAAUAGAGGAGCCCAUGAGUUAUUUUAUCUCCCAGGAACAUUCUCCAAUAAAAUGUAUAACCCCUUGUAGAGCGGGGUAUUAA